AUGAGCAAAAAAACUAUAUUAAUAUUUUUGAUCCUAAUAUUCGCGAGUUGCGCUAACUCUUUGAAUAUUGUAUUUUAUAUCAAUGUGAUUGCCCAAACACAUGUUUCAUUUUUCACAAAAUCGAUCAAUUUGCUAUUGAGUCGAGGACAUAAUAUCGUAAGUUUUAAAAAAAGUUCUCAAAAAUGUUUCAUUCAACAAAAAAUUUUCAGGAUAUUGUUUAUGCGAAGUUGAAUGAUCGUGUAAUAUUGAAAGAUAUUACGGGAGUUAAAAAUGUAUAUGAAAUUGAAUUCGCAGAAAAAAAUCAUUGGCAUAACAAUAUGGCGUACUUGGGAAAUCCAUUCAUCAAACCCUCCAGACCUUUUUUAGAUCUUCCUACUUAUGAUGGACUUGCGCUGGAAUUAUGUGAUAGUGAGUGAAUUAUUGAUUUUAGAGAAUCAAACAAUUCUGAUAACUUUUUCAGUUGCUGUAAAAGACGACAACCUUCUAAACUUUCUCAAAAAAGGAGAAUACGACAUUGGAAUUUUCAGUGAUUAUGAUCCAUGUGCAGCAAUUAUGAUGAGAGCUGCGAAUAUUCCAUCAACUGCAGGUUUGCUUUUCAAACAUUCCAAUAAACAUCAAAUUUAUUACAGCCUUACUUCCAACUGCAAUGUUCCAAAAUCAUAUUUUGAAUGCUGGACUUCCUUCACCUUCAAGUAUUUAUGGCACUACAAUUGUUCCAGAAAAUGAUGGAUCGUUUUAUGAUAAAAUGUUUCAUUUCAUUAAAUCUGGUUAUAAUAUUUUCUGGCGACUUCCGAAAUUUUAUUCUGGAUUUGUGAGUUAAAGAGUGACAAAAUCCAAAAUGUUGUAAAAUAUUCAGGACUCUCUUACCCGCGCCAAAUUUGGAAAAAGUUUUCCAUCUACUAAAACAAUCGAAGAAGAAGUCGAUAUUCUAUUUGUGAAUUCUAAUGAAAUCAUCGAAAGACCUCGUCCGAUUUCGCACAAAAUUAAAUAUAUUGGUGGAAUUGGAGUCCCAAAAGCUAAACCAUUGAGCAAAGAAAUCGAUGAACUGUUGAACACAUCUUCAAAAGGAACAGUUAUAUUCUCAUUUGGAACACAAAUUCCAACCAAAAGAGUGCCAAUUGAGAUUCGGAGAAAUUUCGUGAAAGCAUUCAAAAAGUUUCCGGAUUUUUUGUUUUUGUGGAAAUAUGACAAUGUUACUGAAGAUCAAGAAUUAUUCAAAGAUGCGAAUAAUGUGAAGAGAAUAGAGUGGUUGCCACAAACUGAUUUAUUACGUAAGCAAUGUUUGAUGUGUGAAUUUGAAUUUUUACCAAUAAGAAUUCAAUCUAACAAAAAGAAGAAAGUUCAAUUUUCUGAAAUCUCACUUAACUUUUUUUGAAAAAAAAAUGAUGUGAGUUUUGAACAAAUCACGUUUAUCAGCGGAAUGAUAAAAAAAUUAAUUUUUAUGUAUUGAACACCGUAAAAUAUUUUCAACAAGUUUUCUUUCAACAAAAAAACUGAUUGUUUCCAGAAGAUGAAAGAGUGAAAUGUUUCAUUAGCCACAUGGGAAUGAAUUCUUUCAUUGAAACGUCAAUCUUGGGAAUUCCCGUGUUAUCAAUCCCUCUUAUCGUUGAUCAACAACACAAUUCACAAAAUGCCCAAAAUCGAGAAACUGGAAUUAUUGUGGAUCGAGAUUCUUUGACUUCUGAAAAUAUCGAAAAAGCAUUGUCGAAAUUGUUAUUUGAUUCGAAAUAUAUGGAAAACGCGAAGAAGAUUGGAAAAUUGAUGAGAGACAAACCUGAGCAAUCUGAGAAGUUGUUCAUUGAAUGGCUUGAAUAUGUUGGAAAUAACCCAGGGUUCCAUAAUAUUGUGAAUCUUCCAAACAUUUCUACAUUUUUCUAUUAUUCUGGAGAUGUCAUUUUAUUUGUGUUCAGUUUCAUUGUGUUCACAACUUGGUUCCUCUAUCGAUUUGUAUUUUCGAAAAUUCGAAUUAGUAUUUCUUCUUCGAAAAAAAUCAAGGAUAAUUAA